AUGCCCGGAAAGGAGGCUAGCCAAGAAAGUAUAAUGAUAUCGGACGUUUCUUCCUUUGACUGGGCUUCUGAUACCCGAAAUCCAUACAAUUGGUCUUCGGCGAAAAAAGCCGCUGUAUUUCUCACCACGAUGUUGGUGGUUCUGAACAGCAGCAUGGGAAGCUCGUUGACUGGUAACGCCAUUCAAUCAAUCACGAAGGAAUUUGCUGUGGAGUCUCAAUUGCAAAAGGCAUUGCCGAUGUCUAUAUUUCUAGUCGGCUAUGUGUUCGUUGUCUUCAUGAAGGUCCAAUUGUAUGGGCGCCACUCAGUGAAGAGUUCGGACGUCGUUUAA